UGUCACCCAAGCAACGCCCAUCUCCGUGUGUACAGUGCAGGUCCCGUAGCACCGCGUACGGCGUAGUAGUAUUAUCAGAUUUGAGGCUCCCUUACAUUGAAACCUCCAAGCUACAGUAGCCCUGCUCCUCUCUCUACCUUAUCCAUCUAUCUUUUCCCGCCCCCCUGUCCGCCGCGCUGCGCAUCCAUCCCACCAAUAACAUUACAACAAUGGCGUCCAUCUUUCUGCGUCCCCUGCUCCGCCCUCAGUCUCUGGGAAUGGGCCUCGGUCUCUCGAUUGCAGGCUAUCAUGCCUUGCAUCAGAGGCCCGUACGUCUAGAUGCGCCUGUGUUACAAGGAGAUUCCUAUGGGAGGAACGCACAAACCCCGGUACGACGCAAUGGUCCAUUGAACCCCAGAGCCGUGCGGCAGAUAAGUAGUGGUUCGAUUACAGGACUAUGCGCAGGUCUAGCUGUCAGUACAUUCUCGAGGUUGUUGGCGCUCCUUAUCGGACUACUGGUUGUGGGGGUUCAGUGGGCUUCGAGUUACGGCAUCAAUGUGAUACCGUAUAAGAGACUGCAAAACUACGUCACGAGCAUCGACCUCCGUUCCGCAGUCGAGGAUAAUGUGGCAUUCAAAGUCUCCUUCGGGACCACCUUUGCUCUAGCAGCAUUCAUGAAAUUCUAAACCCGUUAUAAAGAUACCACCGAGCGCUUCCUUCCAUGCCGUCCCUUGCAUUACCAUUGCAUUACCGCCCUCAAUUACUUCCGCCAGUUCAGAUAGGUGUCGUCUCACGUUCUAGCCAUUUCAUCGCAAUCGAACCCGGUUUGAAGAAGUCCUUUGUCUUGGCAUGAAUAUCGGCAUGAUAUUCGUUCAGCCAAUGCUUUUCUUUCCUCGUCAGGAGACUCUCGUCAAUCAAUCUGCGGCAGUAAGGGACCAUGGUAACAUGCUCAAAGCCCAAGUAGGGUUUGUCCCCGAACUUGUGCUCUGUUUCGACCUCUUUCACCAUGAUGAUGUUCUCGAUUCGGAUUCCGAAGGACCCGUCUUCGUAGUAUCCAGGCUCGUUUGAUAUCAC